AAUAUCUAUGAUCUUUGUGGUCUUGUUACUAACCUAGACAUAUUGCACAAUGCGUUCUAGAGUGGUAAUCAAAGGUCUACGUAGUUAGUUGGUGUGAUAUAUUAUCAAGAAUUGGUGCUUUUGAGAAAGUUUUGACCUCUGACCCAGCAUGGAUAUCGUGCUGAACUACGCUGACCACUACGUCUUCACGCCGUACGUGUACCCGGGGGGAUGGGCGGAGUCGGACCCCCUGAGGCAGUACGUGAGUCUGUUCAUCAUCGUGACGCUGGGAGGAUACCUCCUAUACCUCGGCACCGCCAGUCUAGGAUACCUCUUCCUGUUUGAUAAAAGACUGCUUCAACAUCCACAGAUAUUAAAGAACCAGGUACAACUAGAGAUCCAGUAUGCCUGUUGGUCAGUACCAUACAUGGCCAUCCCGACAUGCGUCAUGUUCUUGUUCGAAGUACGGGGAUACAGCAAGCUGUACGAUGAAAUAGAGGGCACAAAUCUAGGUUACCUGUCCCUUGUGCGUGACGCCCUCUUGUUCCUGUUCUUCACGGACAUGUUGAUCUACUGGAUCCACCGCGGGCUCCACCAUCGCCUGCUGUACAAGACUCUCCACAAACCUCACCACAAGUGGAAGGUGCCCACCCCGUUUGCCAGCCAUGCGUUCCACCCCCUGGAUGGUUUUGCCCAGUCCUUCCCGUACCACCUCUACCCUUUCCUCUUCCCUCUCCACAAGGGGCUGUACCUCGGUCUCUUCAUCUUUGUCAACAUCUGGACCGUGUCCAUCCACGACGGCGACUUCCGCGUCCCUGACGCGCUCAAACCGAUCGUCAACGGGUCGGCGCACCACACGGACCAUCACUUGUUCUUCGACUACAACUACGGGCAGUUUUUCACGCUGUGGGAUCGGAUCGGAGGGUCGUUCCGGGCCCCUUCUGCGUGGGAGGGCAAAGCGCCGAUUGACGAUAUUAAUAGAAUGGGGGUUAAGGCCAAGAAGGGUUAGAUUUUAGAAUGAAAACUACUCUGUGUGAACAUUGUAAUAUUUGCAGAACUAGUACUUGACUGUCACUUAAAGUGGCUAGAUUUUGGGUUGUCAGAUGUCUCAAGUACAGUUUUGUGAGUGAGAAAUGUCUAUUGGAUAAUUUUUAUAAGUACUGGUGUUAAAAAAACAGGGUGAAAAGGAUAC